AUGAACAGCUGUCACAGUGCUUCUUUCGGGCGUGCAUGUGGUGUAUGUGUAUGUGUGUGUGUGUGUGUGCGUGUGUAUAUCGAUGGAGACGGUGGACAGGCAGCGCAGCUAUUGGCCUGUUGGUCAUUUCUGCUUUGUCGGAGUCCCCCAGCGAAUACGCACCACCACAACAGGAGUCGAGCAUACAGCUAUGCAGGAACCUACACGCACACCACCUCACUCGACUCACGGCGUCACACGGGUGGAAAGAGGAGUCUAUAUCGAUGUCUAUAUCGGUGUCUAUAUCGAUGUCUAUAUCGAUGUCUAUAUCGAUGUCUAUAUCGAUGUCUAUAUCGGUGUCUAUAUCGAUGUCUAUAUCGAUGUCUAUAUCGGUGUCUAUAUCGAUGUCUAUAUCGAUGUCUAUAUCGAUGUCUAUAUCGAUGUCUAUAUCGAUGUCUAUAUCGAUGUCUAUAUCGAUGUCUAUAUCGAUGUCUAUAUCGAUGUCUAUAUCGAUGUCUAUAUCGAUGUCUAUAUCGGUGUCUAUAUCGAUGUCUAUAUCGAUGUCUAUAUCGAUGUCUAUAUCGAUGUCUAUAUCGAUGUCUAUAUCGAUGUCUAUAUCGAUGUCUAUAUCGAUGUCUAUAUCGAUGUCUAUAUCGAUGUCUAUAUCGAUGUCUAUAUCGAUGUCUAUAUCGAUGUCUAUAUCGAUGUCUAUAUCGAUGUCUAUAUCGAUGUCUAUAUCGAUGUCUAUAUCGAUGUCUAUAUCGAUGUCUAUAUCGAUGUCUAUAUCGAUGUCUAUAUCGAUGUCUAUAUCGAUGUCUAUAUCGAUGUCUAUAUCGAUGUCUAUAUCGGUGUCUAUAUCGAUGUCUAUAUCGAUGUCUAUAUCGGUGUCUAUAUCGAUGUCUAUAUCGGUGUCUAUAUCGGUGUCUAUAUCGAUGUCUAUAUCGGUGUCUAUAUCGAUGUCUAUAUCGAUGUCUAUAUCGAUGUCUAUAUCGGUGUCUAUAUCGAUGUCUAUAUCGAUGUCUAUAUCGAUGUCUAUAUCGGUGUCUAUAUCGAUGUCUAUAUCGAUGUCUAUAUCGAUGUCUAUAUCGGUGUCUAUAUCGAUGUCUAUAUCGAUGUCUAUAUCGGUGUCUAUAUCGAUGUCUAUAUCGAUGUCUAUAUCGGUGUCUAUAUCGAUGUCUAUAUCGAUGUCUAUAUCGGUGUCUAUAUCGAUGUCUAUAUCGAGGAAAAAACAAUCACCAAUUACACACCGAGCAGAAAACGACAGAGAUCGACUGGGAAAGGGGGGAAAGAGCGUCGGGGUUGGACAAAGCUACUCAUUCAUUGCUGUGCUUCUCGCACGCGCGCGCGCUCGAUUUCUAUCGCUUUCUCUGUUUUGAAUUGUUAGAAGAGGAGAGCGGCCAGUGCCCGUGUGUGCCUGCGCCACCAACUUGUUUUUGUCCGCCCUCCCACCCUUCGCCUCGCAGCCCCCUCGUUGUGUGA